AUGAAUGCUAUUGACGCGAUGGCCAUGAUUGGUCGAUUCGAUCUAGUACAAUACCUACAUGUCAAUGGGUCGUCGGCAACAUUGAACGCACUGGACUAUGCCCCAACACUCGAGAUCGUUCAGUACCUCCAUCACAAUCGAUCAGAGGGCUGCACCACUCAAGCAAUGGAUAUGGCUGCGGGACACUGCCGCAUGGACAUCAUGGAGUUUCUGCACAACAAUUGCACUGAAGGCUGCAGCACGAAUGCAAUGGAGUAUGCCGCGUCUGAUGGACAUCUGGAUGCUGUGCGGUUCCUUCACGAGCGGUGUUCAGCACCGAUCGAUGAGUCGACUGUCCUGAACGCCGCGUGCCUAGGCCGGCUCGAUGUUCUCAAAUACUUGUUCGAGAAUAAUCUGAACACUCCUGCGAACUCGCAGGCCAUUGAGUGGGCCGCGGUGAGUGGACAUCUCAAUUGUGUUCAAUACUUGCAAGAAGCUUGGUCUGUGCCAUGGCCAAGCACUGCUAUGCUGUUUGCAGCUUCAAGUGGCUUUCUGGAACUGGUCCAAUACUUCAAUGAGAGUAUGAAGGACCAGUAUUAUGAUCCCUCAACAAUGGACCAUGCUGCAACCAAUGGACAUUUAAAUGUCGUGGAGUACUUGCAUCACAAUCGAACUGAGGGAUGCACAUACAUGGCGUUGAACAACGCUGCAACAUAUGGACAUCUCGAGGUAGUGCGCUUCUUACAUGAGCAUGGCCUUGUCAUGACUGGCGCUGAUGCCGCGAUGGACCUUGCCGCAUCCAAUGGCCACCUCGAAGUCGUGCGAUACCUUCGAGAGAAUCGAACAGAAGGCUGCACGGACAAGGCCUUCAGCAGUGCUUCAUCGACGCAUCACCUCAAGGUCAUCGAGUACCUGCUCACACAAUAUCCAAACAAGGUGACCACCGAUGCAAUGGAUAAAGCCGCACAAGAGGGCCAACUGCCCGUGGUCAGCUACCUCCACUCAAACUCGACGGUUGGGUGCACAACAAAGGCGAUGGACUGGGCGGCCAAGGGUGGCCAUCUCGAUGUGGUACAGUUAUUGCAUCGAUUCCGGUUUGAGGGCUGCACCAAGAGCGCCUUGGACACAGCAUGCAGCACUGGCAAUCUCGAACUGGUCAAGUUCUUGCACUAUAAUCGCACAGAAGGAUGCACUCAAGUGGCAUUGGAGAACGCAUGCGAUGUUGGACAUCUCCCAAUCAUUCAAUUUCUGGUGGAGAAUCGUACAGAGUGCUUUUUGCAGUCGGCAAUGGAGCGGGCUGUGGCGCGAGGUCACAUAACAACCGUUCAGUAUCUACUUGGACUUGGUCGGCCUGGCAAGGCUAUUGUCCCCAGCCCUGCAGCUAUUCAACGAGCAAUCCAUAAUGGUCGACUUACAAUGAUCAAAUACCUUUUGAAGCAUACAUCGAUUGAUGUAGCGUGCCACUCACCAUCAUGGGACCUGAGCAAAGUGGCCGGACAAGGACAUUUUGCCAUGUUACAGUACUUGUCCGAGGUGUUACCAGCCGAUGAGAUUGGUCGUAUGAUUGGAUGUGCAGCAGACAGUGGAAAGUUGUCAAUUGUACAGUUUAUUCAUAACAAUUUCAAGAAUGCAUAUUGUAACCAAGAUGCGAUGGACAUGGCUGCCACCUAUGGACACUUAAGUGUCGUACAAUUUCUACAUCAGAACCGAACGGAGGGAUGUACGACCAAGGCAUUAAGGAAUGCCAAGACGUACCAGAAAAAGAAUGUUGUCCAAUUCCUCCAGAAGUAUCGAACGGAAGGAGAUGGCAGCGACAGCUAA